AAUGAGGCCAACCCGGUCCCAAUCACUACACCCACUACAGCCCACCCCCACCCCCGGGGUUGUAGGCCUGGUCUUUCGCACGUAGCUUCUUUCGUGAUGCUCUUGCCCCGGGCCCUGUUCCUCCAAAUCCUACUUGGACACAGGCAGUGUGUACCAGACUGUGGCCUGUCUCUUGCGUCUGGAACAUCUCAGCAGAGUCUCUUCCUAUUUUCCUGGCAGCAACGGUAUCAAGGCUGCAUCCAUUUAGGAUUCUGAGGUUUCCUCGACACUGGACUGAGGGAGAGCACCUGCGAUUUCAUCUGGGCCUUCGGACUGUUCUAAGGGGUGAGAAUCACCUACAACUUAUCUACCAGCGAUGAAGAUUGAAAUCACAUGACCAUUGUUUUUUCAAGAUGGCACCGGCAUGGAGAAACAUGUACUUUGACUAUAGAAGACCCUGUUGAUGUACUGCAUUUGAAUUUCAACGAUUCCAUUUGACAAGAUUCCACAUAAUCGAUUAUUACGCAAAGUGGGAUCUCACAAUGUGGGGACAUCAUACUGCAGUGCCAAAUCCUCACCUGCACGAACUGUGGAGCUGAAUGAAGAUGAUAAGGAUCAGGCCCCGAUUACAAUGAAUACUUUGCAUAUGAUGAAAGCCUUCAAAGUUAUGAAUGAACUACGAAGUAAAAGCACACUGUGUGAUGUGACCAUUGUUGCUGAGGAUGUGGAAAUUGAAGCACAUCGUAUUGUCCUGGCAGCCUGCAGCCCUUAUUUCUGUGCCAUGUUUACAGGAGACAUGGCUGAAAGUAAAGCAAAGAAAGUCGAAAUAAAAGACAUAGAUGGACAUACACUAAGUAAACUAAUUGAUUAUAUAUACACUGCUGAAGUAGAAGUCAAUGAAGAGAAUGUGCAGGUGCUUUUACCUGCAGCCAGUCUGUUGCAGCUAAUGGAUGUAAGAACUGCUUGUUGUGAUUUUCUGCAAUCCCAGUUACAUCCAACCAACUGUCUGGGAAUUCGAGCAUUUGCAGAUGUUCAUACCUGUACGGAGCUGCUGGAUGAGGCCAAUGCAUAUGCAGAGCAACAUUUUCCUGAUGUAAUGCUAGGUGAAGAAUUUCUUAGUCUGAAUCUGGAUCAAGUAUGCAGUUUGAUAUCAAGUGAUAAGCUCACAGUUGCCUCAGAAGAAAAGGUAUUUGAAGCAGUUAUCUCUUGGAUAAAGUAUGACAAAGAAACUCGCCUGGACCACAUGGCAAAACUAAUGGAAAAUGUUCGCCUUCCACUGCUUCCACGGGAUUAUCUUGUCCAGACUGUAGAAGAGGAAGCUUUGAUAAAGAAUAAUAAUACAUGCAAAGAUUUCCUAAUUGAAGCCAUGAAAUACCAUUUACUUCCUCUUGAUCAACGAGCUGCGAUAAAGACAGCGCGCACAAGACCAAGGACCCCAAUCAGUCUACCCAAGGUAAUGAUAGUGGUUGGUGGUCAGGCGCCUAAAGCUAUACGAAGUGUGGAGUGCUACGACUUUAAAGACGACCGUUGGAAUCAAGUAGCAGAGCUUCCUUCCAGAAGGUGCAGAGCAGGUGUUGUAUACAUGAAUGGCCGUGUUUAUGCAGUGGGCGGAUUCAAUGGAUCGCUGAGAGUCCGGACUGUGGAUGUCUAUGAUGCAGUCAAAGACAACUGGACAUCCAUUGCCAGUAUGCAAGAGAGACGAAGUACUCUUGGAGCAGCAGUGUUAAAUGAUUUACUCUAUGCGGUUGGUGGAUUUGAUGGGAGUACAGGAUUAUCAUCAGUGGAGGCUUAUAAUUACAAAAUCAAUGAAUGGUUUUUCGUGGCACCCAUGAACACAAGAAGAAGUAGUGUUGGUGUUGGAGUUGUGGAAGGCAGGUUGUACGCAGUAGGUGGCUAUGAUGGAGCGUCACGCCAAUGUCUUAGCACUGUUGAAGCAUAUAAUCCAGUCAGCAAUGAAUGGACAUACGUUUCAGAUAUGAGUACACGUCGUAGUGGUGCAGGGGUGGGGGUUCUGAAUGGCCAAUUGUAUGCAACUGGGGGUCACGAUGGACCUUUGGUGAGGAAAAGUGUUGAGGUGUACGACCCAUCCACAAACAUUUGGAGGCAAGUGGCAGACAUGAAUAUGUGUCGGAGGAAUGCAGGAGUUUGUGUGGUAAAUGGAUUUUUGUAUGUAAUUGGAGGAGAUGAUGGUUCAUCAAAUUUAGCUUCUGUGGAAUUCUACAAUUCUAUAACUGACAAGUGGACACUAUUACCGAGCAAUAUGAGUACUGGAAGAAGCUACGCAGGUAAAGCUGUUGCAGGUGUUGCGGUUAUUGAUAAACCACUAUGACUCUACACUUGAGCCGCAGUUGGAUUGAAGUGAAAACUGAUUCACAUUUUACUGAAGACUUACCUAGGUUUUAUUUUAACUAUUUAUGAUACUUGGAUGCAUGGUAUUCUGUGUGAAGCACAGUUACCCUGUCAAAAAAUACCAGCACUGCAAUAUGUGUUUUUAAAAGAAGAAUCAAGCACGAACCAAAGGAUAUAUCAAGAUAUAAAACAUGUUCACAAUUAGCACUGCAGGUGAUACUAAAACAUUGUGCAAUAAGCACAUGCUAUCAGCUUGGUCUUGCCAAGUGAUCUGGAAUGUCCAGUGUAGACAAGUGUCAGCCUUCGAUAGAGACCUACUAACUGGAAAAUGUGAAUUUUCUACUGUUACAUGUGAGUUCUACACAUUAUCAUUGCUGAAAAUCAAGCUGCUGCCUUUAAAGCACAACUAUUUGGAUCAGAUGAAGCACUGUAUUACCAUAAUUAACAUUUUAAAAGGGAGACGAACCCAACAUUCUAACCUUGGAGGAGCAUAAAAGAUACUUGCCAUAAUGAUUUGUACUGAAAUGAAUUGCUACUUUUAUUUCAAAAAAUGUACAACACCUCUUUCCUUCCUCUGACUUAAGAUUAGACCCUCAAAUUUGAGAACUGAGCUAAAAGAAGGUAUAAAAUUUGUAAGUUGAUCCUUUGGGUGCCAGGAAGUUUAAUGCAGCCUUCAGAUUUUGUGAGCGUGCUAUUGCCAGUACAGAAAUUCUUUGGACCCUUUUGUAAUGAUACCAUGCUACAUAUUUUUCCAAACCAAAAUGGACUAGAACUGUUGUGGACAUUUCCAGACGUUGUUAAGAUUAAUGACAUUAAUUAGGAUUAAUUGUAAUCAGCAGUAUUUUUUUUUAAAAAAACCCUUGGCCACUGAUGAUGUGGAGGUGGUUACAGGCAAGCUAGGAUGUCAUAGCUGCCCCUCCAGUUGAUCUAGAGGAGGUGGAUUUAGCUGGUAUAAUCGUACACUAGGCAAAUUGUAUCUCUGAGAAAGACAAAUUGAAAGUAACUUGAACAAGGAUUAUAAAAAUAUUUGCCUUUAACCUCAAAUUUCUAUUGUCCAGCCUUUCAAAGUUUGUAGCUAAUUGUUUGACAAUUUUAAAUGGAUGCUGCCACCUAUGGUAAUUUCUGAUAAAAAUGCUAAAACUUUUUUUUUUAAGAAAAGUAAAAUGAUGAUAAUAUUUUAAUACUAAGUGUAUUCAAAUUAAUUUUGGCUACAGAUAGUUUGCUUUUAUAUCUGUUCAUACUUGGAGCAGUAUAGGUUCAAGGUUUUGAGGUUGUAUUGUAUUCCUGAUGUGAGUAGAGUUUUUUAACCUGUAACACACUAUUUAAUAAGAUUGUAAAUUUGUUAAAUAGAUAUUAACUAACGGGUUAUAGCCUUAUUUGUUUUGGGUUUUUGCUCCUAUGUGUGACAUCAUCUUAAAAACAGAUUUUUGUACUAUUGGCUUUAGACUUUUUGAAUUUCUUUCAUUUUCAUUUUCUUCUUGACUGUUUCCUUUCUGCACUUAAAACUUUUUAAAAGCUUUGUAUUUUUAAGGUUGCUCAUUUUUCCUGUCUAAUAAAUUGCCACAUACUCUAUUGUUUUCACUGUGUGUGCCUCUGUUUUCCCUUCUAUGCUUAUUGAUUCUUCAGGCUCUUAGCAUUGAAAUAUAUUUCAGUUUUAUUUUCUAUGUGUCUGUAUUCAGAGAAGUUCAACUCUUAUGGACAAGGUUUGAUACUUGGAGAUACUUGCGAUUUUGCAUUUUAAUAUUUCUUACAUCCAAUCCAUCUUUUCAUUUAAUUUCUCAUAUUUAAACAUUUUCUUUCCAUUAUUUAAUGUCAUGGUUUUUUGUUCCCUCAUUUCUUGUGUUUUUCUUUUGAAUCCUAUUUUGCCUCUUUCCAUGUAGCCACCAAACACUACUAGUAAUGCUUGUUGGACCUGCUAAGUGUUGAUCAUGGCUUGCUUAAAAGUGUUACCUAGUGCAGGAUGAGGGGGCAAUAUGGAAAAUAUAAAAUGCAAUAGGAAAUGAAUGAAAUGUUAAGCUUGGGGCCCAAUGGGCAGACGUGACAGUGGACUUGUAGUCAAAUUAAUUGUUAAUGCAAAAAUGUUUAUGCCCAGCCUUUCAAAUUAAUCUGCUAAUAUGUAUAUUUGAAUUAGAAGAGGUGUAACAAUUAUGGAAAUUUAUAGUUUUCUUUGCAUACAAAUUUUUGAUUAUGGUUCACUUGCUCAUACACAUAACUGUAGGUUGGUUUGAAUAUUUUUGGCAAUUUAAUGACAAACAAAUUUAGUUCAAUACAAAUCAUGUUUUUGUGCCACUGAUUAUCAGCAAAAGUUAUUGAAUUCAAUAAUAAUUGCGCUUCUUAUGUCAAACAUAAGUUACUAAAUUAAUUUAUGGAUGUUAUUAAGUUCAGUUCUUAAACUAUUUCAUCCUAAGCAGUGUUACAAAAUAACUCUUCAUCCAUAAUAGUGUCAUAAAACAUAAUUAAGUUGUAAUUCUGUAACUCUGACAUUAUUAAUAUGUAAUAGACAACCAAAUCAGGUGAAAACGGUCAUACUAUAGUGACAGAGUAUGGUGUCAGGGAAUAAUGUACCAUUGUACUCUGCUGUCAUUUGAAACAGUGUUUGAAAUCUUUUUGUUUUAUGUUGUGAUUUAUUUUAAAUGUUCCUGCCAUAUCUGUGGAACACUAGACUGUGAAGCACUCCUGACUGUAUUUUAUUUUUUUCAACUUGUCAAUAAAAUGGCAGAAAUAAUUUGAA